AUGGCCGCCGACGUCUUCAUGUGCUCUCAGAGCCGGCCCCGCAGCCGGGGCCGCGCCGUGCUGCUGAAGCCCCAGGUGCCCGAGGACGACGACGACUCUGACACGGAUGAACCGUCCCCGCCGCCCGCCUCCGGCGCAGCCACCCCGGCCAGGGGCCAGGCGAGCGCCGCGCUACCGCCGCCCAAGGCCGGGUCGGGCCGCGAGGAGGCUCCGCGCCGCCAGCAGAUCAUCCACAGCGGCCACUUCAUGGUGUCGUCGCCGCACCGGGAGCACCCGCCCAAGAAGGGCUACGAUUUCGACACGGUCAACAAGCAGACGUGCCAGACCUACAGCUUCGGCAAGACCAGCUCCUGCCACCUGUCCAUCGACGCCUCGCUCACCAAGCUCUUCGAGUGCAUGACCCUGGCCUACAGUGGGAAGUUGGUGUCUCCGAAGUGGAAGAAUUUCAAGGGCCUGAAGCUCCAGUGGAGAGACAAGAUCCGGCUCAACAACGCCAUCUGGCGGGCCUGGUACAUGCAGUAUUUGGAGAAGCGCAAGAACCCCGUGUGCCACUUUGUCACUCCACUGGACGGCUCUGUGGAUGUGGACGAGCACCGCCGUCCAGAGGCCAUCACCACAGAAGGAAAGUACUGGAAAAGCCGCAUAGAGAUCGUGAUCCGGGAGUAUCACAAGUGGAGAACCUACUUCAAGAAAAGGCUCCAGCAGCACAAGGAUGAGGACCUUUCCAGCCUGGCCCAGGAUGAUGACAUGCUUUACUGGCACAAGCACCGGGAUGGCUGGAAGACACCAGUCCCCAUGGAGGAGGACACGCUGCUGGACACGGACAUGCUCAUGUCGGAAUUCAGCGACACCCUCUUCUCCACACUCUCCUCCCACCCGCCCGUGGCCUGGCCCAAUCCACGUGAAAUAGCGCACCUGGGGAACGCGGACAUGAUUCAACCUGGCCUGAUCCCUUUGCAGCCCAACCUGGACUUCAUGGACACCUUCGAGCCCUUCCAGGACCUUUUCUCUUCCAGCCGCUCCAUUUUUGGUUCCAUGCUGCCUGCACCCGCCUCAACGCCUGCACCAGACCCCAACAGCCCACCUGCUCAGGAGAGCAUCCUGCCAACCACCGCUCUCCCCACUGCAAGCCUUCCCGACAGCUUCAUCGCACCCCCCGCAGCCGCUGCCCUAGACCCCACGAGUGGGCAGGGCUGUGAACACCCGCCCCAACCUGGGGACCCCUUCAUUCAGCCGGCAGACCUGGGUCCCUCGGCACCGCCCCUGAGCGUCCCCCAGCCUUUCCUGCCCGUGUUCACCAUGCCCUUGCUCUCGCCCAGCCCCGCCCCGCCACCUCCUUCCCCCGUCUUGCCGUUAGGCCCCCCUCCCGCCACUGCCCUGAACCCCCCAACUCCCCCCGCCUUCCUGCAGCCCCAGAAGUUUGCUGAAGUCAGCAAGUCGCCCUCCGUCAUCACCCACACAGCCUCCGCCACCCUCACCCACGACGCUGCCGCCACCACCUUCAGCCAGAGCCAGGGCCUCAUUAUCACCACGCGCUAUCCGCCCCCCUCUGGGUCCCCCUAUGGCCUGGCACUGUCUCCUGUCACCCGGCCGCCAACCGCCGGGCCUCCCCAACCCCGUAUGACUUUCGUGCAUCCCAAGCCCGUCUCCUUGUCUGGGGGGAGGCACAAGCAGCCCCCCAAAAUAGUGCCUGCUCCCAAACCAGAGCCAGUGUCCGUGGUGUUGAAGAAUGCUUGCCUCGCCCCAGCUGCCUUCCCAGGACAGCCGCAGGCAGUGAUCAUGACAUCUGGCCCUCUGAAGAGAGAAGGAAUGCUGGCUUCCACCGUGUCCCAGUCCAGCGUGGUCCUCACGCCUGCUGCCCUCACCAGGGCUCCUGGAGUCACAGAGUUCCCCAGCGGCAUCCUGGUGACGGACCUCGGCCCCGGCCCGGGCAGCCAGCACACCCCCGUGUCCCGGCUCUUCCCUCCCAGCACAGUGCCCGACUCCCUGGUGAAGGGUGAGCAGGGCCCACUGCACGGGGGCAUUGCCCAGGUCCCUGCUGCGGGCGCCAGUGACUCAGCUCUCCGCUUGGACCGCUUGGGACCGCGUCGGGACUGCCCGAACUCUGGGCAGGCUUCUCCAUGCGCGUCUGAGCAGAGUCCCAGUCCUCAGUCCCCCCAGAACAACUGCUCAGGGAAAUCGCCUGCAGACCCCAAAAACGUGGCUGUUUUAAAGCAGAACCGGCAGAUGAAGCACAUCUCAGCCGAGCAGAAGAGGCGCUUCAACAUCAAGAUGGGCUUCGACACCCUGAACAGCUUGAUCUCCAACAACACCAAGCUGGCCAGCCACGCCAUCACGCUGCAGAAGACUGUGGAGUACAUCACCAAGCUGCAGCAGGAGCGCAGUCAGAUGCAGGAGGAGGCCCGGCGGCUGCGUGAGGAGAUUGAGGAGCUCAAUGCCACCAUCCUCUCCUGCCAGCAGCUGCUCCCUGCCACAGGUGUCCCCGUCACCCGGCGCCAGUUUGAUCACAUGCGAGACAUGUUUGACGAAUAUGUGAAAAGCCGGACCCUGCAGAAUUGGAAGUUCUGGAUUUUCAGCGUCAUCAUCAAGCCGCUGUUCGAGUCCUUCCAGGGCGUGGUGUCCACCAGCAGCCUGGACGAGCUGCACCGGACGGCGCUGUCCUGGCUGGACGAGCACUGCUCCCUGCCCGUCCUCAGGCCGACCGUGCUGAACACUCUCCGGCACCUGAGCACCACCACGUCCAUCCUGACAGACCCGUCCCAGCUGCCCGAGCAGGCAGCCGAGGCCGUCACCAGAAUCAGCCAGAGAGCUGGGGAGUCCUAGCAGCGCUUGGUGGGCACGCAGCCGCAUGGGAUGCCAAGGAGACCCUUCUCCGCCUGUGGAGAGGAGGCCGCGCCAUCACCUCUCCCGCUUGAGGGCCUCCUAGCCUCCCUGCAACUGUGGCCUCGGCUGCUCCAAAUGCCGCGCUCAGGUCUGAAGCAGGUUUGGGUCUUGCUAACAGCAAUAGCCCAGCUCUGGGAACCCCUUGCUGUGAACUCUGACUCAGCGACCUCAGUCACUGACCCCUCGCCUCAGAGAAGCUCGGAUGAAGGGAAACAAGGGAACACUGCCCCUCCCUGUCCUGUCCUGCUGGUGGGGUGUCGGGGGGAUGGGGAGAGGGGCCGCGGCAGCAGUGCAGGGAGCCGACGGGGCAGGUGGAGGCCUUGCCCGCUCCCCAAGUUAGGACGCGUGAGGGUCCUUCCCAGCUGCUGUCUGGGACGUGCCCUCCUGUCACGUCUCGGGCACCCCUGGGCUGUUGGAAGGCCUCCUGCUUCCUCCCCUGGCUCUGACCUAGUAGAGCGGAUGUCGGCUCGGGCUUCGCAGGGCCGGGAAACCCUACAACACAUGUGUGCAAAGCAGUGGGCCUGUGUGCCCCAGAGGGUAACGGCAGCCCCAGGGAAGCGGUGCUGCUUCAGUCUUGGAGGUCCCCUGGGCGGUGCUCUGGUCUGUUUCUCAAGUGUUUCUGUUUCUACUUGGCGUUGCGGCAGUCAUGGUGGCGCCGACCUGGGAAUCACAUGGCAGGGGCUCAGCCAGGCCCUGCCCCCUUGUGCCCUGCCUGCUUCCAAGCCAUGAACAGCUGUGCUUGAUGGACACCGCUAGCCCUGUGGGUGCAGUGUGUGAAACAACAGGCUCUGUGGUGCUGCCAUCGACCAGGUCCCCUCACCUGGAUUGUCCAGCUGGGAGCCCCAGCCCAUCCAUCCCAGCUCCUGGACCAAAGACGCCAACACCCCGGCAUCUGCUGUGUCUUGCGUUUGAAGGCAGAAAUUGACCGGUCGACACGGAGCUCCAAGGUAGCUGCCUCGGAGCUGUCUCCAGGCAGCUCGGAUCAGACAGACAGGAGCUGAAUUCAGCUUUGGUCCAGGUGGAGGGCUGUGGGGGCGGCAGGCUGUUUCCAAAGGUGGGAGUUACACCUGGAAGGGUUCGGAGGAGGGGCCCGGGCCAAUCCUCCUCUCGCUGCGUCUGCGGGAGCAGUUCCAGGCAGAAGGAUGCUGUCUAACACUCAGGAAGCCCACCCAGGGCUACCUCCUCAUUGAAAGAAUGUGCUUUUCACGUCCUGCUGUGAAGUUCAGAGGCCGGCAGGCUUCCCCUUCAACCUCUGUCCUCCCUGCCAGGAGAUGGAGACCUGCCUGAGUAAGGGGCAGGCCAGGAGUCCUGCUGGGCUUGGCAGAGCUGGGGCGGGGGCUGCUGUGGGCUGCCCGCUGAAGUUUGGAUCCUUUUGGAGGCUCCCACUGGCUCCUGGAGACCUGUGGAAGGUGCCCCGGGGGCAGCCCCACCUCAGCUUCCGCUGCUGGAGGAUGGAGGGCGGUCCUCCCCAGGGGGGCCAGCCGAGCCACUGCCUCCGCCCCAAGUUGCGACUGGUCACCCACUCCCUCAUCUGUGCACCAGCCCCAUCAGGAGCGCCCCGGCGGCCCCCUCUGCCUCCCCAGAACACGUGUUUACAGGUCCUCGGAUGGCUCUCCUGAGGGGUGGGCACAAGACAGGCUGGGCCAGCCCUGCGUGUCCACUGGGAGGCGGGAUGAGAGCGCAGCCUCCCCCGGGUGGACACGAGGUCUCCCUCCAAGAGGGAAGAGCACCGCGAGGCUUGAAAGGAAAAAAAAGGAAGAUCAGAGACGUUCCCGGCCACGAGGGCUUGCAGAGGGUCCUGCUCUCAGCCUCGCCUCUGUUCCUGUGCCUUUGUCAACCGCGUGGGCGGCCGUGGAGCUCAGCCCAGCCACGACCUCUCUGAGAUCAAUAGCUUUCUCCCCACCCCAUGUUGGGAGUCUUUUUUUUAUUUUAUUUUUUUAGCUCCAUGGGAUAUAAAAUUGGCCUCUUGCUUCUUUGGCCUACCUCUCCCGCCCUUUGGCUGACUUAAUGUUCACGAUUCUGUUUUUUUUAAUAUUUAAAGCUGUUAGGUUGUAUGAGGCAUUGAAGGGCGCGCGCGCGUGCGUGUUUGUGUGUGUGUCUGUGUGUGGGCGCACGCACGUGCGGGUGUGUCCCAGCAGAGGGUUAACUCGAUGCAUGUUUUGUUUUGAGAUAUUUACUUAAAUCCAUUUUUCUUGGUGCUCACCAGUAUCACGGCUAUAGGGCCACAAAGCUAUGUCUCUUAGCACAGACACAAUUGUUUCUUGCCCCGAAGUUUUCUUGUUUCGGAGUCUGACCCACUGAGUCUGGCCGGACGGGGCGGGGUGGGGGGUGGCCCUAGCUUUGACCCUUGUCCUGGGGUCCCCAGCCGGGGUGCGGGGACCCCCAGGGCCACUCUGCCAGCUGCCUCCAGUGAAUGCUCUGAUUUGUUUACACUCCCUUUCACCCCACCUCCUAUCUCUUCUCCCGUAAAAGAGACUUAAAAACGCUGAUUUUGGAGGAUACGAAAAUCAGUCUGAAAGAAAAAAAAAAAGUGUGCCUGGCACAUAGUCUCUGAAAGUGUUUCUGUGAAAUCUUUCUGUGCCAUCAGCUCCCUUCCUACUGCUGGUUGCCCUUUGACGACGAGUGGGAAAUGCAGGGAAUGAGUGGGGCUUUCUGAAGUCGGCCAGCCUGUCCCUGCCUCCGUCUCAGGCAGAUUACACACGAACCGGUCACCCCCCACACACACCCAGGAGGUCCCCGAGCCAGCAGGCCGGCGCUUUCCGGGGUCUUAGGAGCACAAGGGGAGUAUUCCUAUCAUCAGGAGUCGGUGCUGAUGUGAGCGCCGGUUCUCAUGGGGGAGGGAGUGGUGGGGUGCCAUGGGUGACCCCACACACCCAGCUCCCUCCGCUCUCUAUCCUGGUGACCCGACCCCGCCUCCCUGACCAGACAGAGGUCCUCUAGGUUCUUUCACUCUGGCUACUAGAAAGAGAAAGUUCGAUUCUGGGAGGACGUGGCACUGCAGGGUGGGGCCACUCCCUUGUCCCUCCCCAGGUGGAGGGGUGCAGUGAUCUUACAGACCCCCUCACCAGGAGGGUGUGGUCCCAGACAGCACCCCUGUGUCUUCUUAGCCUGGGCCUCCCCUCUUUGCAAGCCUGUAGGAAUCCUGAGUGGCAGGCCUGCUGUUAUUGUCAAGGUGGUCACCGGUUUUCACGGCACAGCUAAAUGAGGUCUUGUCAGGGUGGAGCUGGGAUGGGGGCGGAUUUCCGGGGGGCCCAUCUGCACGGGGCCUCCUGCACACUUGUGCAGUGUGGACCUGACCCAGCGCUAGAUGACCUGCCCCACUUGGGUUCUUUUAUCUCGUCCAGUGGGCAGGCUUAGAACACUGCUCACUGGAGCAACUUUGCAAAGUGCCUCCCAGGUGGUGAGCUUGCUGAGGAAGGGAGCCGAGGAGCCCCAAUGUGGGCACACGGGCAGCAAUGGGCUGUGGUUUUUGGCUCUCUGUGCUCCACUGCCUCGUAUCUUAAAAGAGGAUUUUCACCUCAUCUGAACAUGAGCUGACAAGAGAGGAGAGCAAGUGUGGAGGGUGGAGGAGCUUGAACCUUCAACACAUUGUACGUGUCAGUGGUUGCCAUGGCCUUAACCACCUAGCAGACAGGUUUGGCGGUCGGAGGGGCUCCAGGAACAGAGAGAAGCCUUACGACCCCCCAGGUGCCUCCACACAGAUCACCUGCCUGAUUUUCUUUUCCUUCUAAGGGACUUGGCCUUCUCCGCUCACCAUGCAGGGGGGCUGUUUUCUGUUGAGGCUUACGAAAAAUCAGCCUUUGAGAAAGAAAAGGGAACUUUUCCUGUUGAUUGUUGGCUUUGUGUGUGUGUGUACGUGUGUGUGCACAAGCCUGUGUGCGUGUGUGUGUACUCAAUGGAAUUCUAUUUUUGUGAAAUUUCUUUAUGGUUAUGUAGCAAAAUUCACCUCCAUCCCCUUUUAGUUUCAGAAUCAACCCUGGGCCGCUCUUUUGAAGAAUUCUCUCCUGGGUUUCUAAAAUAGAGAUGGGCCUCUCUCAAGGGCCGAGGUGGGGGAAAGGGUUGGGAGAAACUUAAGUCUGAUGGCGUUUCCAUUGAGUCGACAUCCUGAAGCUACAAGUAGGAAGGGCUCCACCAGGGAGCCGCGAUGCCCAGGCUGUGUUUCUCGCAAGGGAGGCAGACCGUGGCGCCCGGGGUCGCUUUAUCUGAAUCUGUUCACACCACUUGUUUCACUUGUGUAACGCCACGGCUGAAACAGCUCCUUCUUUUCCUUUCUCGGAUUUCAGUUCACGGUGUAAGUGGUUCAUUUUUUUUCUUUUUUCCAUGUUGUGCUCUCUGGUGACUGUCAGGGCUCCCCACCCAGGAGACAAGUCACCCCUCGUGGGCAGAAAAAGCAAAACCCAAGAAGAGUGUUGUUCACCGCGGGCUCCCUCAGGCCUGCGCCACCCUGAGCUUGGCCCUUCACGCCCCACUGUCGAGACACACGGUUCCACCAGCUGUAUCCAGCACUACAAUGCAUCCAAAACUAUUUGCAUCCGAGACAAUAAAAAGCUGUAUUUUUGGAAAA